AUGCGGGACCGCGACACGCCGGCGGACCGACGGGAGAGGGCGCAAGCCCAGCAAAAACGAAAGGCGGCGAACACGAAGGCGGCCGACAACAAGCGGCGGCGACUCGACGUCGCUGUCGGUGUGAGCCAAAUCAACGCAGCGAAGAAGCAAGACGCUUGGCAACGCCACAAAGCCGCAAAGGAGCAGAAGGAGAAGUACGUGCAAGUGUGA